CUAUCUCCAGUCUUGCGUUUUGCUUGGGGUUGCAGUUGCUGCUCAGACAGUCGUGUAUUAAUCGAUCACCGCUACGACGUAAGUCGGCGCCGCUAUGUCCGGCGCAAGGCAUUGGGAGCAGGAUAAAGAGGCCACUGUCUACAUUGGCAAUCUCGAUGAACGCGUCACGGAUAGCCUGGUAUGGGAGCUGAUGCUGCAGGCAGGCCGCAUCGUCAACGUUCAUCUGCCGAAAGAUCGAGUCACGCAGUCCCAUCAAGGCUAUGGGUUCGUAGAGUUUAUUAGUGAGGAGGACGCGGAAUAUGCGUCGCGAAUAAUGAACGGCAUUCGCUUAUACGGAAAGCCAAUACGCGUGAACAAAGCGUCUGCUGACAAGCAGAAGUCAGUGGAAAUUGGCGCAGAACUCUUUGUGGGGAACCUUGACCCCAUGGUCACGGAGCAGGUUCUCUAUGAUACAUUUAGCCGGUUUGGAAACUUGGUUAACCUACCGAAGAUUGCAAGAGAUGACAAUAAUCUAUCCAAGGGCUAUGGAUUUGUGUCUUUUGGUGAUUUUGAGUCUUCAGAUGCGGCCAUAGCGAACAUGAAUGGCCAGUACCUCAUGAAUAAACAAGUCUCGGUACAAUACGCCUAUAAAAAAGAUGGCAAGGGUGAACGUCAUGGCGAUCAAGCUGAACGUAUGCUAGCUGCGCAAGCCCGCAAGCAUAACGUACGCCCGCCGACUCAGCCGCUACCAUCACCGUUUUCAGGUCCUGGAACCCCUAUGGUGCCUCCGGCUAUGGCCAACGGUGACAGUUCCAGGCCGAUCAGUACUGGUCCGCCAGAUCUGGGAAUGGGUAGAGGCGUUGUGCCUCCGAAUAUUGGCUUUCCAAACGUGCCCCCCCCGCAGCAACACAGAUCUGUUCCCCCUCCGACACCUUUAGCAAAUCCUCCUGCAGGCCUACCAGCACGGCCUCCUCCUUCGCAGGCCGGUUAUGGAGGCCCACCGCAGGCUUUCUUACCUCCAGGCUUCAACAAUACCACUCAACAACCAUCUUUUCCUCCACAAGCAGCGCCGCCGCCAGGCUUCGCUUCCCCCGGGUUUGGCCCUCCCACUGGAAAUGCUGGCCCUCCGCCCCCAUUGCCCCCAGGGUUUCAGCAGCCAGGUUAUGGCCGGGGGCGCUGAGCAUCCGGC